UCCACUUCCGCUCUCUCAGUUUGUAAACACACGAAAGGAGAGAUGGAGUCGACAAGAGAUCUCACCUAAAAAUAUUCCCCAGAUUAGAUUUCCACACACACACACUGUGAAAGAGAGAGAGAGAGUGAGAGAGAGAGAGAGUGUGUGUGUGUGUGUGUGAGAGAGAGAGAGAGAGAGAGAGAGCUGUAGAGAUAUCUGGAUAUUCAGUUUACACCGGAACUGGAUUUUUAUUUUCCUUUCGGGAAAUAUCUAACGUUCAUCUCCAGCUAGCUGCUGCUGUGUGUCUCCUGAAUAACUGGGUAGAGAGACAGACAGACGGCGGUGAAUCUGUGUCUUAUCAGGAGUUUAUCUGUGGCUGGUUUUGUCCUCUCCUGCUCGGCUCGAUGGGGAACUGUCUCUCCUCUCAGAGUGCUGAUGACCUGUCCCUGCUCAACGAGUCUGAGGGAGCGAGUCUCCCCGGAGAGCCUCCACCUCCCUAUCAGGAGCGUGUGCAGGUGCCUGUGUACCACCCCACACCCAGUCAGGCCCGCCUGGCCACCCAGCUUACGGAGGAGGAGCAGAUACGGAUCGCUCAGCGCAUUGGCCUCAUCCAGCACCUCCCACGUGGCAUCUUCAACCCGGGCUCCGAACCCUCCGACAAGAAGAUCAAAGAGUGUGUGAUCUGUAUGCUGGACUUUGAGUACGGAGACCCGAUCCGGUUCCUGCCGUGUAUGCACAUCUACCACGUGGCCUGUAUCGACGCAUGGCUCAUGCGCUCCUUCACCUGCCCCUCCUGCAUGGAGCCGGUGGACGCUGCGCUGCUCUCCUCCUACGAGACCAACUGAGCCGCGAUCACUGCCACCGAGACACGCCAGCAUGGGGAACAUGCCAGUCGAGUCAGCCGGGGGGUCACGAGAAGGGAUUAAGAGGGUGGGAGGGGUGUGAAUGUGUAUGUGUGUGUGUGAAGAAAUGAUUGAGUGUUGGUUAGAGCAUAUGUAGAAGCUGACCAGACUGGCUUAAGGACGAACACAGGCCUCAUUUCUGAUCAUGUAUUGGCCGAAUCGUUACAUUUAAAUGUGGUUGAUGAAAAGUGGUCACAUGUUUAACCAGUUUUCUUUCCAUUUGUGCAAUACACACGAGGAGGAGGAAGUCGUCCGUGUCUGACCGAGCCUCUCCUCGUGAAGGCGUGUGCCCUGGCUAAAGUUGAUGGGCUCGUGUCACAGCUUGAGGCUGUGAAUAUCCUGCUGAAUCGCAGCGCUCUUUAAUUAGAGACGAAUUGAAAAUGUGAGAAGCGAAUGUGCCAUGGCUGACAUGUCUGUCUGAUCUAUAUAUUGCACUCCUCACUUAGGUCUGCUUUCUUUCGCUCUCUGUUUUUUUCUCUGUUUUUUCUCUCUCUGUUUUAUAGGAACAGCGCGAUGCACAGAUUAAGGUUUUCCUUAAUCGCCUCUCUAAAGCACCUCAUUAAACACCGAGUAUUAACGCGUCGGAAUAGGGAUACACGUGUAGAAAUAGGAAACACUAAGUUUGUAGGGAUGCACCGAAAUCUUGGGUGAAAGUUAAAAACAUGCUGAAAAUGUUGUUCUGUUUCGGUUCGUAAUUUGUAUAAAAUACUUCCUAGAUUUGUAUUCGAUGUAUAAUUUCAUAGAUAUCGUAGGAAAACUGUGAUAUUAUUAUAAAUAUUAUCAUGCAGUGCAAAUGACUAAUGUUUAUUCAUUCCAGGCUUCUGUUUUUAAAGUUUUCCGGCCCUGAAAUUGGCUCCGCCUCCAUCCCAAAAAGAACUGCUCGGCCACUUUUGUUUAAAUGUUUAAAGCCCACAAGACAUUUACUUUAUGUUUUCACCACCAGGGGUGGAAUCGAUUCGAGGAUGGAAAAAGCACGUCAGUGUGGGUGUUAUAAUUGCAAUUCGCCUUACAUGCAGCAGAGGGCGCUGAAAUUUUUUUUAAACUGCACCUUUAAAUACACAAGCGUGAAAAUUGAAUGCAAACCACCAUGUAAAUAGCAACUUGUUGUGUAAUGUGUGUUGCCAGAUUUGACAAGAUCCCCCUUCUAUUCAGUUUAUGCUGCAUUUCAUGGCUUUUUUUACCCUCCCCCAAAAGUUUCUGUUUUUCUCCCUAAUCCAUCCUGAAUUUCAGUUUCCGGUGCGUCUUUGCUGUGGAUUUUUCUAGAAAACUCCUAUGUGUACUUUGCAGGUUAAACCAUAAGGCAGAUCAUAAUGUUUAAAUAAUGAAGAUUAUUAGUGUGUGUUUUGUGUUGAUGUGGAACUCGGUUCCUGUGCUGCUGUUUUCUUGGCUCUCGGGUUGCCAGAUGUUGUCCACGAUCUCAGAUCAGCAUAAAAUCACACUUCGACUCCAAAACACUGUACUAUAGGUACUGUACAUGAAACUCUUAAUCCAUUUGGCUGUGAACUUUCACCUUCAUUCGUUUUGGUGUGUGUGUGUGUUUGUGGUUGAAUGUUUGGAGAUGUUUGGAUGAUACAAUCAUCUUUGUGCACCUUUUGAAUUUGCUCGGCCAGCCGGGAGCCGAUGUUGAAAGAGCUAAAGCUUUAAAAUGAGUCUUCUUUCCUUUUUGUAAUGUUGUGUUUUUUUUGUUUUGUUUUUUUUUUUUUUUUGAAAGAGACAAAAAAAGGACUGAAAAUUUACGUGUCAUAAAAUGCUUCUCAGUUCUGAUAUGACUCGAUGUGACGUCUUUUCUAUCUGUCCCUUCUCUGUUCCGCGUCUCACACUCUCACAUCUAUGCUAAAAGAAAAAAAAAAAAGACUUGUGAUUUGUAUUUUUCAUUAUUUGUUCGUAUGUAGGGCUGAAAUGAAUCCGGUUCAUUGUACUAAUCCGUGACUGUAUAAGCACUAAUGUAUAGAGUACAGAAUACUUAAACGCCAUGGAUUCACAUAUUUUUAUUUACUGUUUUGGACUCAAAUGAUCUCAUUGUUUUUUGUUUUGUUUUUUUUAGUUGUCUCGGGGAAAAACAUUUUGUUAUUUCAAGAUCUCAGAUUGUUGUGAUGCUGUCUUGAGGAAAAUGUUUGGUUCUUCUGAGAUAUCUGAUUGUUGUCUUGCUGUUUUGGAAACUAAAACUACGUUUUGUGUUCUUUUUGAGACCUCAGAUUGUUAUUAUCUCUAAAAACAUUAAGAGCUCAAAUUGUUGUCGUUAUAUCGGGAAAACCAGCAUUUUGUUCUUUAAAGAUCUCAGAACAAAAAAACAACAUUGGGUUCUUUUCAGAUCUGAGAUUGUUUUGUCGUUAUCUUGGGGAAAAUACGUUGUUCAUUCGGGAUCUCAGAUUGUUGUGGUUUUACCUCUGGAAAGCAAUGAGUUGUGUCUUUUUGGGGGUUUUUUGGGGGGGGUUUUUUUGGCCGUGUUUUUCUUAAGAAAAACAUUUCGAUUUUUGAAAAUCUCAGAUCAUUGUGGUGUUAUCUGUGGAAAAUAUUUGGCUCUUUCGAGAUUUCCUCUCAUUAGUUCGUUAUCUUGGAAAAUAAUAUUUUAUUUGAUCUGUUCGAUUGUUGUUAUCUUGGGAAAACAAUUUUUUUCUUUGAGAUCUCAGAUUGUUGUAUCUUUAUCUCUGAAUUAUGAUGAUGAUGAUGAUGAUGAUGAUGAUUAUUAUCUCUUUGCAACGGCAUUCAAUGACUCCUUACCUUGUUAGCACAGAAGAAGUGAGUAACUAAAAUAUGUGAAUCAUUUUUAUAGCUUGUAUGAAUAAAGUAUUGCUACAGAAUUAUCUCUUAUGCCUAAAAUAAGCCUGAUCUAGACACAGUUUAGGAGCACAGAACCUGAAUUCAGCCUGAGGAGAACUUAUUAAUUAGAACAUUUCUGAAAGUUAGCUUCAACAGAUAUGAUUCUGUCUCAGACAGGAGCAGAUGAUGUGUAAUGAGUGUGUGUGCGUGUGUGUGUGUGUGUGUGGAGGAGGGGGGGCUAUCUGGCUGGCUGUCUAAACAUAGCUGAAGAAUGUUUUGGGGUUUUUUUUUCAUAGGAUGUGUAUAUUGCAUUUCAUCUGAAGUUGAAUAUGUUUAAAAAUAAAAAUGUAGCUCUAGUACAGACUUUUCUUUUUUUUCAAUGUAAAAUAACAGAAAUAGUGAUUUAAUGAACUCGUGAAGUACAAUCAUCUUUGUUUUUUUCUUCUUUUUAACAAUAUAUGACAUGGUUUGAUGCCAAGUUUGCUACAGUAAUGUGUAAUACUGAAUCUAGGCUGCUAGAUAGGGAUUUUAAGUGUGUGUGUUGUACAUGUGCAGUGAUGGCACAGCUUUUAGGAAUAUGUCAACUCCUUGAUGAUGAUGAUGAUGAUGAUGAUGAUAAAAUGAUAUACAAAUAAAUAAAAAUUCUUCCAGAUA